AAGCAGCACCAGGAAACAUCUGCCUGCGACAGUCCACACGGAGAAGGUGGUCCCGGGGACUUUGCUCACACAGGGGUUCCAGGACAUGUGCCAAGGUCCACCUGUGCCCUGGAAGCCCCUUCUCCCCAGGGGGAGGUUUCGACUGUGCCUGAGGCCAACAGUGAGCCCAGGACCCUUGACACACUUGGGGGUGAAAGGAGGCCCGGAGUCACUGCUGGCAUUUUGGAAAUGCAAAAUGCCCUGGGCAACCAGAGCAUCCCUGCACCACCAACUGGAGAAGUGGCAGACACUCCCCUAGAGCCUGGCAAGGUGGCAGGCGCUGCUCGGGAAGCAGAGGGUGACAUCACCCUGAGCACAGCUGAGACACAGGCAUGUGUGUCCGGGGACCUGCCUGAAGCAGGUACUACGAGGGCGUUCUCUAUUGUGGCUGAUGACUUGGCACUGCCAGGAAGCUGUCAGGACGCAGCCUGCUCUGACAAGGCUCAGGGGAUGGAGGGUACAGCUGCUCUUCAUGGGGACAACCCAGCCAGGCCCCAGCAGGCUGAGGAGCAGCCAGGGCCUGAGUGCCCCAUUCCAGCUGGGGACGGGAAGGUGCGCAUCUCCUCACCUCCAGAACCUGAUGAAACUCGUGACCCAAAGCUGCAACAUUUGGCUCCAGAAGAGCUCCACGCUGACAGAGAGAGCCCCAGGCCUGGCCCAUCCAUCUUACUUUCGGUUCCUAAGAAGGAUGCUCCAAGAGUCUUGGAUAAAGUUACUUCAGAUGAGACCAGAGGUGCAGAAGGAACAGAAAGCAUCUCCCCAGCUGCUGCCCGUGCGGGUCUUGCUCCCUCGGCUGCAGAACACACAACUUCGCCUUCUGCCCCAACUGGUGACGGAGUAGAAGCUUCUACUCCCUCCUGCCCAGAUCCGGCCAAGGACCUCAGCAGGAGUUCCGAUUCUGAAGAGGCAUUUGAGACCCCGGAGUCAACGACCCCUGUCAAAGCUCCGCCAGCUCCACCCCCACCACCCCCCGAAGUCAUCCCAGAACCCGAGGUCAGCGCACAGCCACCCCCGGAAGAACCAGGAUGUGGUUCUGAGACAGUCCCUGUCCCUGAUGGCCCACGGAGCGACUCAGUGGAAGGAAGUCCCUUCCGUCCCCCGUCACACUCCUUCUCUGCCGUCUUCGAUGAAGACAAGCCGAUAGCCAGCAGCGGGACUUACAACUUGGAUUUUGACAACAUUGAGCUUGUGGAUACCUUUCAGACCUUGGAACCUCGUGCCUCAGACGGUAAGAAUCAGGAGGGCAAAGUGAACACACGGAGGAAGUCCACGGAUUCCGUCCCCAUCUCUAAGUCUACGCUGUCCCGGUCGCUCAGCCUGCAAGCCAGUGACUUUGAUGGUGCUUCUUCCUCAGGUAAUCCUGAGGCCGUGGCCCUCGCCCCAGAUGCAUAUAGCACGGGUUCCAGCAGUGCUUCCAGUACCCUUAAGCGAACUAAAAAACCAAGGCCGCCUUCCUUAAAAAAGAAACAGACCACCAAGAAACCCACAGAGACCCCCCCAGUGAAGGAGACGCAACAGGAACCAGAUGAAGAGAGCCUCGUCCCCAGUGGGGAGAAUCUAGCAUCUGAGACGAAAACAGAAUCUGCCAAGACGGAAGGUCCUGGCCCAGCCUUACUGGAGGAGACACCCCUUGAGCCUGCUGCAGGGCCCAAAGCUGCCUGCCCUCUGGACUCAGAGAGCGCAGAAGGGGCUGUCCCCCCAGCUUCUGGAGGUGGCAGAGUGCAGAACUCACCCCCUGUCGGGAGGAAAACGCUGCCUCUUACCGCGGCCCCGGAGGCAGGGGAGGUGACCCCAUCAGAUAGCGGGGGGCAAGAGGACUCUGCAGCCAAAGGGCUCUCCGUAAGGCUGGAGUUUGACUAUUCUGAGGACAAGUGUAGUUGGGACAACCAGCAGGAAAACCCCCCUCCUACCAAAAAGAUAGGCAAAAAGCCAGUUGCCAAAAUGCCCCUGAGGAGGCCAAAGAUGAAAAAGACACCCGAGAAACUUGACAACACUCCUGCCUCACCUCCCAGAUCCCCUGCUGAACCCAAUGACAUCCCCAUUGCUAAAGGUACUUACACCUUUGAUAUUGACAAGUGGGAUGACCCCAAUUUUAACCCCUUUUCUUCCACCUCAAAAAUGCAGGAGUCUCCCAAACUGCCCCAACAAUCAUACAGCUUUGACCCAGACACCUGUGACGAGUCCGUUGACCCCUUUAAGACAUCCUCUAAGACCCCCAGCUCACCUUCUAAAUCCCCAGCCUCCUUUGAGAUCCCAGCCAGUGCUAUCGAAGCCAAUGGAGUGGACGGGGAUGGGCUAAACAAGCCCGCCAAGAAGAAGAAGACGCCCCUAAAGACUGAUACAUUUAGGGUGAAAAAGUCGCCAAAACGGUCUCCUCUCUCUGAUCCACCUUCCCAGGACCCCACCCCAGCUGCUACACCAGAAACACCACCAGUGAUCUCCGCGGUGGUCCACGCCACAGAUGAGGAAAAGCUGGCGGUCACCAACCAGAAGUGGACGUGCAUGACGGUGGACCUGGAGGCUGACAAACAGGACUACCCGCAGCCCUCGGACCUGUCCACCUUUGUAAACGAGACCAAAUUCAGUUCACCCACUGAGGAGUUGGAUUACAGAAACUCCUAUGAAAUUGAAUAUAUGGAAAAAAUUGGCUCCUCCUUACCUCAGGACGAUGACGCCCCGAAGAAGCAGGCCUUGUACCUUAUGUUUGACACUUCUCAGGAGAGCCCUGUCAAGUCAACUCCCGUCCGCAUGUCAGAGUCCCCGACGCCGUGUUCAGGGUCAAGUUUUGAAGAGACUGAAGCCCUUGUGAACGCUGCUACAAAAGCCCAGCAUCCUGUCCCACGAGGACUGGCCCCUAACCAAGAGCCACACUUGCAGGUGUCGGAGAAAUCCUCCCAGAAGGAGCUGGAGGCCAUGGGCUUGGGCACCCCUUCAGAGGCGAUUGAAAUUACAGCUCCCGAGGGCUCCUUUGCCUCUGCUGACGCCCUCCUCAGCAGGCUAGCUCACCCCGCCUCUCUCUGUGGUGCACUUGACUAUCUGGAGCCCGACUUAGCAGAAAAGAACCCCCCACUAUUCGCUCAGAAACUUCAGGAGGAGUUAGAGUUUGCCAUCAUGCGGAUAGAAGCCCUGAAGCUGGCCAGGCAGAUUGCUUUGGCUUCCCGCAGCCACCAGGAUGCCAAGAGAGAGGCUGCUCACCCAACAGACGUCUCCAUCUCCAAAACAGCCUUGUACUCCCGCAUUGGGACCGCCGAGGUGGAGAAACCUGCAGGCCUUCUGUUCCAGCAGCCCGACCUGGACUCUGCCCUCCAGAUUGCCAGAGCAGAGAUCAUAACCAAGGAGCGAGAGGUCUCAGAAUGGAAAGAUAAAUAUGAAGAAAGCAGGCGGGAAGUGAUGGAAAUGAGGAAAAUAGUGGCCGAGUAUGAGAAGACCAUCGCUCAGAUGAUAGAGGACGAACAGAGAGAGAAGUCAGUCUCCCACCAGACGGUGCAGCAGCUGGUUCUGGAGAAGGAGCAAGCCCUGGCUGACCUGAACUCCGUGGAGAAGUCUCUGGCCGACCUCUUCAGGAGAUAUGAGAAGAUGAAGGAGGUCCUGGAAGGCUUCCGCAAGAAUGAAGAGGUGCUGAAGAGGUGUGCACAGGAGUACCUGUCCCGAGUGAAGAAGGAGGAGCAGAGGUACCAGGCCCUGAAGGUGCAUGCAGAGGAGAAACUGGACAGGGCCAAUGCUGAGAUCGCUCAGGUUCGAGGCAAGGCCCAGCAGGAGCAAGCCGCCCACCAGGCCAGCCUACGGAAGGAGCAGCUGCGAGUGGAUGCCCUGGAAAGGACGCUGGAGCAGAAGAACAAAGAAAUAGAAGAACUCACCAAGAUUUGUGAUGAACUGAUUGCCAAAAUGGGGAAGAGCUAACUCUGAACCAAAUGUUUUGGACUUAACUGUUGCGUGCAAUAUGACCGUCGGCACACUGCUGUUCCUCCAGUUCCAUGGACAGGUUCUGUUUUCACUUUUUCGUAUGCACUACUGUAUUUCCUUUCUAAAUAAAGUUGAUUUGAUUGUAUGCAGUACUAAGGAGACUAUCAGAAUUUCUUGCUAUUGGUUUGCAUUUUCCUAGUAUAAUUCAUAGCAAGUUGACCUCAGAGUUCCUGUAUCAGGGAGAUUGUCUGAUUCUCUAAUAAAAGACACAUUGCUGACCUUGGCCUUGCCCUUUGUACACAAGUUCCCAGGGUGAGCAGCUUUUGGAUUUAAUAUGAACAUGUACAGCGUGCAUAGGGACUCUUGCCUUAAGGAGUGUAAACUUGAUCUGCAUUUGCUGAUUUGUUUUUUAAAACACAAGAAAUGCAUGUUUCAAAGAAAAUUCUCUAUUGUAAAUAAAUUUUUUUCUUUGGAUCUUGGCAA